AUGAAGCACCGAAUCAAGCUGCGCAAGCUGUCGCGCACCAGCGCGCACCGUCGCGCGCUGUUCCGCAACCAAGUGACCUCGCUGAUCGAGCACGAGCGCAUCGAGACGACGGUGGCCAAGGCGAAGGAGCUGCGCCGCAUAGCGGACAAGCUGAUCACGACGGCGAAGCAGGGCACGCUGCGCGCGCACCGCGCCGUCGACGGGUACGUGCAGACGAAAAUGGCAAGGCGCAAGCUGUUCGUGGAGCUCGCACCCCGGUUCAUGGGACGGCCCGGCGGGUAUACCCGCGUGCUCAGGACGAGGCUUAGGAGAGGCGACUGCGCGCCGAUGGCGGUCAUUGAGCUUUCUGAGACCGACAAUUCUAUCUUGACUGCGGAGCAGCUCGUGCAGAGGGAGGCAAGGAAGAGCAAGUAUAGACGCAAUCCGGAGCUUACGCCGCCGUCGUUGGCGAAUGCGCUGGAUUGA